CAACAUCAAAGCCUCUCUUUCCUCAUCGUUACGUACACACAAACGUUUGCGCUCGCAGCGAAAUCAAAUUCUCUCUUCUCAAUCAUUUUUUUUUUACAGUGCUACACAACCUUCUACAAGUUCUAGGCUUGUUCCAAACAAUAAUUUAUUAAAACCUUCUUCCAACACACAACAAAAUGAAUGAUAAUCAAAUCAUGAUGAAUUUCCAAGUUGAAGAGUUUUCAAAGAGCUUGCAAACUUUCAAUAAUUGUCCUGAUAAUGAAGAUUAUUCUAAUAGUUUCUUAUCAAUAUUUUUGGGAAGUGAAACAAGAGAUCAAAUUAUUCAAGAAAUUUUGAAACAUGUCAGAGUGAAAGUUGAAUGUUUACCAACUGGUUUUCAAGAAAAUCAAUUCUUCUCACCAGCACAGACAAAAUACUCUUGUUAUGUGAACGAUCAAAUCAGAAUAUCAGUUAAUUUUGAUGACAAAUAUUUAGAUUCUCUUUCACAAGGACAAAAUGUUUGCGAUUCAAGUAAUUCACCUAAUUAUUUCUGUUCCAUGUUAAUGGAAAAGUGUAAUAUUCAACUUGUUUCCUUCGUUGAAGGAACAAACUUCGAGAAUACAGUCACCGAGUUGACUACAGAACUAUCCAAGCUGGGAAUGAAUAGUGAUAGCAAUCAAAGAGUUGUUACUUUCCAUAUUCCAAGACCUCUUCAGAAAAGAGGAAAGAAAAAGGAAAGAGCCAGUUCUGUUUCAAAAAAGAUUGGGUUUAUUCAAGUCAUCCACUCUGAUUCCAAGAAGAUUGUCUGUAGAUCUGAUAAUAUUUGGAUACGGUCAAAAUCUAGAGAGGAAAUGGAAACAAAGAAAAGAAGAGCUAACAAUACCCUUUCUAAAAAGGUUAAAAAGAGAAAGAUCAAAUCAGAUAAUGAUGAGAAUCAAGAUUCUAACAAACCAGACUCUACUAAACCAGAUCUUUCCAAACCAUCCCUCCAAGCACCUGCUCCAGCUCCAACAACCUCCAAACCAGCUCAAGAAAUUCCAGAUCUCAAACCUAAACUUGAAUUCCCUUUCCUUCCAGUCAUGCCAACUUACUUACCUAACUUUAUGAAUCCUAACCUUCUUUCAAUGAUUCCAGUCAAUCCAUGUUGUAGUCUAAUUCCUGUGCAGACAUAUUUUGAUCCUUCCCUUUCCAAUCAAUUCUCCACCACUGUAAAUUAUUUCUGCCAAGCUAAUGCUGAUAUUCUUGAAUUAACACAACCAAACACAGAUGAAUUUGAUUUUGAUUUCGAUUUUGAAAAGGGUGAGGAGCUGAAAAGUCCUCUUUCUGAUAUUUCAUCAAAGCAAUGUGAAAUCAAUGAUAAUUUAUGGGGAGAGGUUUCUCCUCUUUCAGAUUCAAUUUUUGGUGCUGAAGAUGAUGUCUUUGGAGCUAACAUAUUUGAAUUUUAAUAUUUACAAAUUAUUUAUUUUCAAUAUUACAAAAACUGAUAAUCAAUAUCUGCGUUUUGAGAAUAAAAAUUAGAUAGGAUGCUUCACGCAAACAGAAGUCAGUGAAAAAUGAGAGAACGUGUUUUUUCAAGAGAAUUGAAUAAUUUUUCAGUUUUAUUUGAAAACUAUUAAGAUUGGAGAAAUCAAAAAAAACAAGAAAACGCUCUCAAAUAUGAUAACCACCAAGAUUUCAAAUCUUAAAGCCAAAAAAAAUAGCAAUUAUCAAGAAAAUUCCUACAGAAAUAAAAAAAAUCAUAUUCUUCGUUCCAAUCUUUGAGUAACCUGGUAAUUCAAUCUUCAUUAAUUCCAAAUUGAAAGUCUUUUGAGGAACUAUCUUUUGGUAGUGUGUCGAA